GUCCCAUCCAGCCGCCGCCCAUUUUGUUAUAAGACUUAGCGCCGAAACUCGACCUCGCCGCCCUUAGAUUCUGAAGAGGAAGAGAAUGGCGUGCAUGCUGGCCUUCACUGUCUCUUCUGGAAGAUCUAUUGCGGUCCUCUCGCCAUGAACAACAAUCCGCAGGGCUUCUCUUUUCCUCCGCCUCCUCCCCCUCCUCCUUCUUCCUCCCAGCAACAGCAUCAAUCGCACCAGCCGCCACACCAGCAGCAUCCGCACCCGCAGCAACAGUACCACCAUGGCCACAACGCGGCCGCCUAUGCAUCUCAGUACAAUGCAGGCUAUCACGGUCAACAACGCGGCGGACGCGCCUCCGGUGCACAUCACCGAGGGCGCGGGAGAGGAGGUUACGGAAAUCCUCACCGUGGCGGCGGUGGAGGAGGAGGAGGUGGUGGUGGUGGACGUGGCGGUCACUACAUGACACCCGAUGUCAAUGUGAACCGGGGAUAUCCGACUGCCACCGUCGCCGCCACCGGGCCUGGGUCUGUCGGCGGAUACACACCUAUGAAUUAUGCGGGAUAUACGCCUCAACCUCUUUCUGCCACUCCACAAGCGAUUCCGACCCCUCAGUUCGCGCCCACCCGGUCCCCGAACUUUCAGCAUCGCUCUUCAAAUGCACCCUCAUUCAAUCCCUCCCAAUCCUACGUUCCAGCCCCCGUAGCACAUGUGCCGACGCCCUACCAAGCCCAAUCGAAAUACCCUACGGCCGCUGCUCAACCCGCUCCUACAUAUCCGCCCGCUGUGCCUUCUCACAACUAUGUCACGCAACCGGUUCAACCCCCAAUGAUGGGGCCGCCGAUGCGCUGGGGGUUUGACAACCAGGGACAAACAAGUUCCUUCCCAGGUGGCCAGCGCGGUCACCAGCGAGGCGGACGGCCGUUUAGCAAUUACAAUGCCCCAUCGGACAAGCCCAUGAAUCACGGCAACAAGCGAGACCAUAACUCGGCCUUUGGUCGUCCGCCACAGGCGAGUGCGCCUCGAGUUGCCGCACCACCACCAGUUCCUAGUUUCGGAAACCCCCUGCUACCCUCCAAACCUCCUUUGCCAGCUGACGCCACCCGCAAGCCUAAGAAAAAGAAAAGGAAGCAUAACCAGCUUGGGUUGACACCGAAAACGGAGGAUCACGAGUCUAGUGAAGAGGAAGACGACGUGGACGAGGAGGCACGGCUGGCUGCGGAGGGAGCAACCGCAGCGGCGAGCGCUUCCGCGCCUCUGCAGUUCACCUACAGAGGACGCACUUCAACGCUACAGACGCCGGAUGAUAUCAAAGCUUGGAUUGAGGAGCGUAAGAAGCGGUUCCCCACUCAAGCAAGAGUUGAAGAGAAGAAGAAGGCGAUGGAGGAAGCCAAAAAGGCCCGAGACGAGGCGCUGCGGCAGAAGAAGCAGCAGCGACAUGAGCAGAAACACCCGCAGAAGGAUUCAAAGAACCAGAAAGAGCGCGAGCAGCACAACUACAAGGAUGAGCAGAAAGAUUCCAGUGAUCCCAUUGAUAUUGCUGCAAAGGCCAAGCUGAAAGCUGAUAAGCUACGGCGAAAACUGAUGAGGGAAGAGAAGAGGGUUGCCAAAGCAGAAGCCGAUGCUGAGAGGGCACGUAUGAGAGUGGAGGAACUCCAGAGAAGCUCCACAGGCACAUCCAACGAGCAGGUCCAGUCUGGUCCUCGAGCUGAAACGGCAUCAGAUGCUCAGAUUGAGCUGCCAGCGCCUGCUGCAACCGCAGCCGGCGGCCUGGACGUCGAGGAGAACCUUGCGACGACUGAUGCAACCAUACCGGCCGCGGGAGCUCCAGCCGAUGAGGGAACCAGCGUAUCCUCUCCAAAAGACUCCGACAGCAGCGACUGGACGUCUUCGAGCGGAUUUGACUCUUCUUCGGAGGAUUCUGGUGACAGUGACGAUGAUGCUGCGCCGGACCAAGCCACCUCCAAACGCGAAGGACCGGAGCGAGUGCCGCCUCCGGUUCGCGAACCGAAGAAGAAGGUCUGCCGGCAUUUUGCCCGAACUGGUCGUUGUAUGCAUGGAAAUAAGUGCAAAUUUUCGCACGAAGUGCCCGAGCGAGGAGGCAAAACAAAGGCCGCUGAGCCAAAGGGACGAAAGGGGCUUUUCCAAGCAGUAAGUCUUCCUUGCCUAUUUUCUAGAACUGCAUUUCGAACUAACUGGCACCCAGCUUUUGGACCGUCAAAGGACCGAGGAUGAUCGUAAGGUGAUGGAAGCCAUCGUCUGGCUGGGAGAAAACGGCAUGCUUGAUGAAUCGAGAGAAUCCGGGAACAGCAACGGUGCGACCUCUGGAAGAGAGGAAGUGAAGGCUGAUCCGGAACACGAAGACCGGCAGGAGGAGGCGAUGGUGUCCGAGGGCACGGAGCCCUGACAGGGGUCUGAUACCGCUGCUGCCACGACCGCAUAGAUGACUGCAUAACAUAUAGUUAAACGUUCUCCAGCAUCAUUGUAGCGGCAAUGCAUUGUAUAUACA